AUGAUAGAGCCAGCGAUCAAAGCACCGCGGCUAAUACCACACGCCAAGAACACAUUCCAGACUGCACGCGUGGUCGCGCGCUCAUGCACGAGGUACAUGCCCGCAAACGCGCACUGGACAAGGACUUCAUAUGGCCCCAUCCCCAGCACACUCCAGAUGGGAGAUCCCAGAAAGCUGCUAUGGUUCUUCGAAAGAGCGCCCCAGAUGAUACCGGAUAACAUGAUGAUGCUUGAUAUCACGUAUAGGGGCCGUCUGUCGACCUUCUUCGCCAUCGUCUAUUUCGAGGAUGACGAUGAGAAUGGCAAGGUGCUGGCGGCUGAGGGCGUGCGAAGUAGGGCCCAGAAGGUUGAAGGUGUCGGGUGA